AUGGAGAUCGAACAAACGGCGCCGCUGAUGGCCAAGAAGCUCUGGAGCAUAAUAAGAGCAAUUCUCUACAUGGUGAAAAGAGGCUUAUCAAAAAACAUACCAUGGCUUGAAUUCCACAUGAUGCUAAAAAGAUCCACCAAGAUCGCCGGAAAGGCUAUCGGAAACCUCCUUCUUGAACACCAAACACUCUCCUCCGCCCUCACCUGCCGCCCCAACAACAUCCGUGCCACCUUCAUCUCUCCCCGUGAAUACGAAUUCAGUUGCAGUGACACCCCUCUUUUUCACUCUAAACGUAAAAACAACCGCCACCAUUACUUCGCCAGCAACCACCACCAUGGUGCGUUAUACCGGAGGUCACAUAAGGAUUAUGACUUAACCGUUGAUAAUGUCAAAAGGGUGUUCGAUAUUUUAAAUAAUUACGAAGCGGCGACGAUGGUAGAGCCAGAAAAAUCGCCGUUGACGCUACUGGGGUUUGGAGGAAGUCAGAAUGUACGGCAGCUACGGGUGACAGACUCGCCUUUUCCGGUGAAUAACACGGAGGAGGACACUCUUCAGGUGGAUAAGGCCGCGGAGGAAUUCAUUAAGAAUUUUUAUAACGACUUGAAACAACAAAAGAAAAGAGCUGCCGUUCAACCACCGUCGCCGUUGCUGUCGCCGUCACCUAAUUAUCAAAAAUGGGGCCUACUCCGAUAA